CACCUCGAGUUCGGGGACAUUAAUAGCAGAGCGCCAUUAAUGUGGAGGGAGCCUACAACGGUCAAAAGGAGGGCAGACAAGCCUUGCUUAGCAUCACUGUUUAUCUUGCAGUGCAACACCUGACACAACUGGAGUGACCGCUCCUCCAGCUGAUCCUGGCUCUCCUCUCUCUCCCUGCUGCGUUCUGGCGUUUGCCCCGUGUUGAAGGACAGGCCACGGUCUCGGUGCACGGGGCUGUGCAGAGAGAGAGGGCACCCGGGCCCCAUCGACUGCGUCAUCACCCCGACUGCGCUGCUCCUUAUUCACCAUAAAGGUGAUCUCUUCCACCAUGAGCGGUGGGCUCCACGUCAAUGCGGCCCUGCGGACGCAGCCCUGUUCUGGGAUCGCCCUGCCCAGAAAUGUGGCCCCCGCCUCUCAGCCAGACGCCAGACCCCUGGGUAGCAGCAUUCCCCACCCUGGUGCCCAGGCCAUGCUGAGCACCAGAUCCUCCUCCAACCUUUCCAAAGACCUGCUGAGAAGCUCCAUGCAGAAGAACCAACGCCAGCUUCAGCACCACUCCAGCGCUUCCAGCAAGGCUGUCAUUGGGUCCCGCUCGGCCCACAGCAGUCCCAGGGUCCCCAGGAAGGAGGCACUCAGGUCCAAGGAUACACUGGAUGUGCCCCCUUGCAUCCUCUCCUACGCGGCUCCGCGAAAUCUGAAGAGAGCCGCCAAUAAUAACUGCCAGCCAGGCCACUCUUGGCAAGAGAGGAUCGAUAACCACUGUCAGCAGAGGGUCGUCUCCGAAGCAGGACCCUCCAGGAUGAGAAGAGGUGCCCUGCAUCUCUGGCCACCCGCUGCCGAUUACACACACAAUCGGAACAAGUUCUUUCAGAACAACGAGUUUGGCGGCUUUGCCGAUCAGGAGAUGGGUGCUCUGGAUGACGUGUCUGCCAUCUACCCCAUGCCCCGAUCAUACCCUCUCGAAGAUGGACAGGGUAGCAAUUUAGCAGGAUGGAGGCAGCCAUCGAAUGUCAAUAUGGCGGCAGUGGCUCCGUUCGGUUACAGGCUGCAGGUAAAGAGGGACGACUUUGCACCAAUGGAAGAGCUCGGUCGAAACUCGCAGGACUUCAUGGAGGUUUACUGUGAGGACCUGGGAGGGAUGCUCGGGGCUAGCGUGAAAGGCAGAAGCAUGGAGCUGAAGGCGGAGCAGGAGAGCAACGGCAACACGUACAGCCAGGCGGACACCAAAGGACCAGGAAUGGCGGCCAAGAGAGGCAAGCAGGGUGUCCCCCAGGGCCCCCCGCGCAGCGAGCUGCGUGUCUUCCGGGGCGGGAGCUCCGAGGGCCGCCUGCCGGUGCCCUCCAACCUCCGUAAGCAGAGGUCGCUCACCAACCUGGCCAUCCUCACCGACGCCGAGAAGAAGAUGCACCUCUAUGAGAACAAGUGGUGCGAUGACAUGGCCAAGCCGGGUGGUGCCCACCUCAAGGCGGGCAAGGCCAAGCCGGCAGGCGGGGGCGGGGCGGCACCGCUCUCGCGCAACCUGUCCAAGUCAGAGCACUCGCUCUUCCAGGGCAAGCCCAAGCCCUUCAGCCCGCUGGCGGCGCCCUCGGUCCCUGGCAAGCAGAGUCGCAUCCCUCGUGGACCCUAUGCCGAAGUCAAGCCGCUCAGCAAGGCGCCCGAUGACAGCAAGUCGGACGACGAGAUCCUGUCCUGCAAGGCUAAGGCUAACGGCAAAAAGCCGGAUGGCCCCUCAGGGGAAUCGGGGGCCAAGGGCCAGGGGGAGGAAGGCGAGAAGCCCUUCCUGAAGGUGGACCCGGAGUUGGUGGUGACUGUGUUGGGGGACCUGGAACAGCUACUCUUCAGCCAGAUGCUGGAUCCAGAGUCUCAGAGAAAGCGCACUGUGCAGAAUGUCCUCGACCUCAGACAGAACUUGGAAGAUACCAUGUCCAGUCUCCGGGGGUCACAGCUCAGCCAAAGCUGCCUGGAGAGCAGUGUGGGUUACGACAGCGACGAGACCAACGCCCGCAGCAUCUCCAGCAUGUCCAACCGCUCGUCACCGCUCUCGUGGCGCUACGGCCAAUCCAGCCCACGCCUGCAGGCGGGCGAUGCCCCCUCCUCUACUGGAGGGGGUUACCAUGGCGGUUCAGGGGCGGGGCAGUAUGCCUCCCACACCAUGCCCAUGCGCAGCCCCAGCCGACUCAGCCAUGUCUCCCGCAUCGAGCUCGUCGAGAACCUGGACACCGACGAUGGCGUGAAGGCCGGCUACCUCAGUGACAGUGACCUGCUGAGCAAAAGCCUGCAUGACGAAGAUGAUGAUGACCUGGCCAAUGGCUGGGAUGAAAGCAGCUCCAUCAGCAGUGGACUGAGCGACGGCUCCGACAACCUCAGUUCCGAGGAAUUCAACGCCAGCUCCUCACUGAACUCGCUGCCCACCACGCCGGUCGGUUCUCGCCGCAACUCCUCCGUCGUGCUGCGUACAGAUGCAGAGAAGCGCUCCCUGGUUGAGAGCGGCCUGUCCUGGUACAGCGAGGAUGGCAAGGGCCACCGUAAGCCGGGGGCUGGGGGCUACGACACGGGCAGCCUCAAGACGGAGUCUGCCAGCAAGUGGAGGAAGUCCCGCCCCCUGGACACGGCUGGCGAGGACGCCGGAGGGAAGGCGGAGCUGAAGAAGCCGCAGAGCCUGGGCCGGCCCGGGGGCUUCAAGAAGGGCCGCAACCCCCCAGUGGGGGUCACCUCCCCCAUCACCCACACCUCCCAGAGUGUGCUCAAAGUGGCAGCUCCAAAGAGUGACCCGAAGGCGGUGGACAAGGCCAAGAUGGCGGUGAAGGGGGCAGGCCUGCAGCGGUCCUGCUCAGACGCGGGGAAGGAGCGCGGAGAGCCCCGCAAGCCGCCCACAGGGCUGAGCCGCCACCCCACCGCCACGUCCUUCGGCUACAAGAAGCCCCCCCCAGCCACGGGCACCGCCACGGUGAUGACAGCGGGGGGCGUCACCAUCUCCAGCGGCUCGGCCACCGUGGGCAAGACGCCCAAGUCUUCAGGCAUCCCUAUCAAGCCCAUGGCAGAGGGGGGGGCCGGUGGCAGCUGCGGGGGGGGCGGGGGGCGCAAGAACAGCCUGGACGUGUCCAAUUGCGAGCAGGGAUUCUUCUCACCCAGCUCCCGCAACAACAUCCAGUAUCGCAGCCUCCCCCGGCCCGCCAAGUCCAGCGCCAUGAGCCUGACCGGUCGACCCCCAGCCCGGCCCGUCAGCAGUAGCAUCGACCCCAGCCUCCUCAGCCUGAAGCCGGCCCCUGUCCCUGCCCCCUCCCCCACCACUGGGGGACCCAAGCAGAAGGACCUGUGCAAGCCUACCAGCCGGGCGGCACUGGGCCCCGUCAACCAGACUGAUCGCGAGAAGGAGAAGGCCAAAGCCAAAGCUGUGGCAUCUGACUCGGAGGACCGGGUUCAAAAGCCAGACUCCGCCCAGAUGGCAGGGGAGGGCGGACUCAAACAAUUGGGCCUGCGCCACUCCAGUGGGAGCAAGUACUCUGAGCUGUCUUCUCCCACGACUCCCAGGCUGCUCUGCAGUAAGUCCCUGGGGAGGCCACCCAGCCUGGCCCACCUGGACAAGGUGAACUCCAACAGCCUGGACUCCUGCGUGAGCCUGCACGACCUACCGCCCAAGGUGCCGCCCUUCUCCAAGCUGCAGGACCUCGCCGACUCGGUGCCGCCCCCCCGGCUCACCCCCAGCCCUGCCCCCGUGCUCCACAUCGACUCCCCCAGCUGCUUUUCGGGACAGGCCCUCAGCGUGGGCGGCUCACCCCUGCUCUACCCCAAGCUGUCGGGCUUUCACCGCAGCAUGGAGUCCCUGCCCCUCCAAAUGAGCGUCCCGUCCAGCCCGGCCCCCACCAGCGACCGCGAACACGAAAGGACCUCGGCGGUCUGGAGUACCGGCAGCAGGGCCUCUCUCACGCUCCCCGAAAGUGGACAAAGAGACAGGAACACUUUGCCCAAGAAAGGACUAAGUCGCUAUAGUUCUGGUCAGGCCGAGGAAGACGGAAAGGAGAGACGCCACUCGCACACCAUCGUGAGCAUGACUGACUCGGGGACACCCCCGCAGCUGCCUUCCCCUACCUCUACCCCUCCGGCCACCUCAGGCAAAGCUCCCCUCACCAAUGUGGUGGCCCCCACCCCCAGUGCCGGCACGCCCCGCAUGACUCGCUCCAACAGCAUCCCCACCCAAGAAGCCGCCUUCGAUCUGUACGCAGCACAGCCUCUGGGGAGCCCCGUCUCGCUGGUGGACCGCCCCAAAAGCAUGAUCCGCUCAGGCUCCUUCCGCGAGCCCGGGGACGACGUUCACGGCUCCGUGCUCUCCCUGGCUUCCAGCGCCUCUUCAAACUACUCCUCGGCGGAAGAGAGGAUACAGGGCGAGCAAAUCCGAAAGCUCCGGCGAGAGCUGGAGUCAUCGCAGGAGAAGGUGGCCUGCCUCACUACUCAGCUCUCCGCGAACGCCAACCUGGUGGCUGCCUUCGAGCAGAGCCUCGCCCUCAUGACAUCACGCCUGCAGAGCCUCUCCUUCAGUGCUGAGCAGAAGGACUCUGAGCUGAUGGACCUGCGAGAGACAAUUGAGAUACUGAAGACCAAGAAUACAGAAGCCCAGGCCAUUAUUCAGGGGGCUUUGAACAACCCGGAUAAUGCCCCCAAAGAGCUACGGAUCAAGCGGCAGAACUCCUCAGAGAGCAUCUCCAGCCUCAACAGUAUAACAAGCCACUCCAGCGUGGGCAGUUGCAAGGACACAGACGCAAAGAAGAAGAAGAAAAAGAGCUGGCUGAGGAGCUCCUUCAACAAAGCAUUCAACAUCAAGAAAGGCCCUAAAUCUGCAACCUCAUACUCGGACAUCGAGGAGAUCGCCACUCCUGACUCCUCCGCCCCGUCGUCCCCCAAGUUGUCCCACGACGGCGUGGAAAACACCCCCAUGUCCCUCAAAUCGUCCACCUCAGCUUCAUCCUCGGUCAUCUUCGAGGGCAACGAGGAGGUGGAGAACGACGAGAAGGUGGUGUCAGACCUGCGCUCAGAGCUGUGGGAGAAGGAAAGGAAGCUGACCGACAUUCGCCUGGAGGCCCUGAACUCUGCCCACCAGCUGGAGCAGCUUCAGGAGGCCAUGACCAAUAUGCAGAUGACUGUAGAGAAUCUGAAAGCUGAGAACGACCAGCUAAAAAUAGGCCCGCCAAGUACUGGCCCUUCCAGCUCUACUUCCCAGCCCUCCGGACUGAUGUCACUGGUGACAUCAUCGCAAAGGCAGUCCAUGUCGGCGUCUGUCAUGAAAUCUUUCAGCCUGAGCCAGAGUGGGGAGCCAGACAUCGCUAAGACGGAUGCGACUGGCCUGCUCCCCAAUCGAGAGGAGACCCGCCUUCGAGUGGUCGUCCACAUGACUGAUCAACGGGUGCUCAAAGAUGAGGUGAAGCAGCAGAACUUCUUCAUAGGGUUUGUGAAGGCCAGCAGUAGGAUGGACUGGGCGCUGCUGGAUACAGCCGUCAGCCAAGCCUUCAAGGACUACGUUAGCAAGGUGGAUCCGACCACAAGCCUGGGCUUGUCCACAGACUCCAUCUACAGUUACCAAGUGAACCACAGCAAGAGGGUGCUUGGUACCGAAGCCCCUGAGCUCCCUCCCUUCCGCACCCUCAGCAAGGGCCCCGGCUCUGUCACUGUGGUCUUCAAAGGUUUGAAAGAGAAGUGUGUUGACAACCUGGUGUUUGAGACGCUCAUCCCCAAGCCCAUGAUGCAGCACUACAUCAGUCUCCUGCUCAAGCACCGGCGCCUCAUCAUGUCAGGCCCAAGUGGAACCGGAAAGACCUACCUCAGCUCCCGACUGGCCGAGUACCUGGUGGAGCGCAGCGGCCGUGAGGUCACAGAGGGAAUCGUGGUCACCUACAACAUGCACCGGCAGUCUUGCAAGGAUCUUCAGCUAUACCUGUCCAACCUGGCCAAUCAAAUAGAUCGGGAGACCAGCACAGGAGACGUUCCAUUGGUUAUCCUACUGGAUGACAUUAGCGAUGCUGUGUCCAUCAGUGAGCUGGUCAAUGGUGCCCUCACCUGCAAAUACCACAAAUGUCCAUAUAUCAUUGGAACAACCAACCAACCGGUAAAGAUGACGCCCAAUCAUGGGCUGCACCUCAGUUUCAGGAUGGUGACCUUCUCCAACAACGUGGAACCUGCCAAUGGCUUCCUGGUGCGCUACCUGCACAGAAAGCUGAUGGAGGCAGAGAACGAGAGCAGCGUUGGUUCUGAGGAUCUGCUGAGGGUGCUGGACUGGGUGCCCAAGCUUUGGUACCACCUGCACACCUUCCUGGAGAAGCACAGCACCUCUGAUUUCCUCAUUGGACCAUGCUUCUUCUUAUCCUGUCCUGUCACUGUGGAAGAGUUUCGGUCCUGGUUCAUUGACCUUUGGAAUCACUCAAUCAUUCCCUACUUACAGGAGGGCGCUAAGGAUGGCAUUAAGGUCCAUGGACAGAAGGCAGUGUGGGAGGACCCAGUAGAAUGGGUGCGGGGCACCCUACCCUGGCCUUCCGCCCAACAAGACCAGGCUAAGCUCUUCCAUCUCCCGCCUCCUAGCCUGGGUCCAGAUAGCCCAGGUCAACCCACCGAAGAAAGACCCAAGGAGACUCCACCCAGCUCCCUGGAGUCUGACCCACUGAUGGCAAUGCUGUUGAAACUGCAGGAAGCAGCCAACUACAUUGAGUCUCCCGAACAAGAAAUGGCCACAGACCCAAGUCUACAUUCAACACUUUGAACACCGAUGUUCUCCAAAAGACUGGAUUCUUUUAAAGGCUAAAGCUGUUAUUUUGAGGACAAGUAAAAAAAAAAUCUCAGACAUAGUCUGAUCUAUUAGAACUCAAAUAUAGUACUGUUAGGAAAAAAAGCAAACUUAAACAAAGUUUAAAGAACCGAAAAUAACUAUUUGUACUGUCCUUUUAAAAUUUUAUUUACUCUAAAGGUGCAUGGCAAUCGUUACAACAUAUACAAAAAAGAACUUUUGAACUUUUGUUAUUUUCCUCAGAGAAAAUUGUAUUAGAGGUUUUAUCAACUGAAGAAAACUAUCUGAGCUGGGAACCUUCACUGAUAGACUGCUGCUCACCGUGCCACUUAAGGAAAUAGGUGCUGAUUGGAGUUUUUGCAGUAUUCUUACACGUUAUUGGCUUUCACAGCUCGUGGACAGAAACAGCACAUAUAAAAAGUGAAGGCACAUUAUUGCUGAUUGUAGGUGAUGCGAUCAGAUGAUGCUCAUGCUCGGUGCAUUAGCACGACGAUCUGAAAAAUAUCCUAGCGAAUUUUAAGUGACCAGUUUCUAAGAUCUAGACGGACCACGGAUCCAAGUUAUUGAUUUCCAGGCAAGAAGGGAUUGCAAAUGGCAUAUGUUAAAACGCAGUGCUGUCGUCACAUUUUUUUCCAGUGUGAUUCUGCAGUGUAGACUUUUGGGUGUUGAAGUAGCCAGAUUAAUGCCAUCUUUUGGUCAGGUGUGGUGAAGGCUAAGCUGCAAGCAUAUGCAAUUUUCAAUUAAUACACCUGACAAACCCUGGUGCUUAAAAUACGCCUUAAUAUAUCCAAUUACUGUAGGUUUUCUUUGAGGUUCAGCUACACCUCAGUUUUCUUCAGUUUCAAAACUGAUUGACAGCUCAGUUUUCUAGAAACAUGUAUUGUGUAAUGUUAAUCUACAAGUACUUUAAUAAGUCGGGUGGACACAUUGCCUUCAGAUGUAUGUGGGAUGAUGUGGAAGAAUUGCACUUUAAUUUAUUUUCUACUUUGACUCUUAUGUGUUUGAUUGUCUGUGUCUUUGAGGGCAAACGUACAAGAUGUACAGUUCUUUAAAAAAAAAGACUAGUAACUGAUGCGCAUUUCUUUCACCUAAACUGCAGGGGGCAGUAUGCAUGACUUACUCAUGCAUGUCAGUUCUCACUUUUAUGUAUUGCGUUAGCACUUACCAAAUGCUCACACCACAGUUUGCAAACUGCCCUCCAUUCUGAAAUUGUAGCCCUAAAACAUGAAUAGUUAUGAUGCCUCUUAUGCUUUGGCUAAUACUGCAUAUUAUACACUUUUAGAUGUUUUGUGUUUUUUAUUGUAAUGGAGAAAAUGCCAUCUAUAAGUGAGACACGCACACAGAAAUGCGCAGUGAUGUCUUUAAACUAUCUACCUUAAUAUAGGCAAAAAAAUAUGAACAGUCAUUUCAUUAUGAUGCUAAGCUACCUUUGACAAUACUGUGUUUUCCUGAAGAGCGUUCAGCAUCAGAGGAUGCGUUUCCACAUAUGACAGUCAAGCAAUGAUAAAUAUGAACAUGAAUAUCUAUUUUUUUUUCUUCGAUUCUUUCUGACCUUAUUUCCUAUAGGCUGGUAAGGAAAGCCUUCUAUUGUCAUGCAGAUGUUGAAUAGGGCAUGUUAAAAGUGCACUGAGGUGCUGCAGAAUAUGUUGCCAAAAUCCACUCUGGCGUUUCACCGUCGGCAGAUUCUGCAAAAUUCAGUCACUGUGUUUUUACCUAGAGGAUUUGCACUUGUGGCACCCACACUGAGUUUAUGGUGCAGAUAUUUAUGUACUUAACCAAAUCAUAUAUUGCUUUCUUGCAUUGAGGCUUUGUAGCAAAACACUAAUAGGAAUGUAAGUGUAAGUGUCGGCUAUAAUUCCGUAUUUUAUAUAGCAUCAAACUCACUUGGGGAUGCCCAAGAACAACCUAGAGUCAAUGGAGAAAGAGUUCUGGGGUGAACUGAUUUGCAUGCUGCCACCGUGACCCUCAGCAGAAAAAUCAGGCUGACGAUGUCAUGUUACCCGUAUCGUUCUUGAUUUUAAUUGGUGCUAUCAAACUAUGCCUAUCUUGAUGUCGCAAUUCCUCAUUAUAAGAAUCUAAGGCCUGAUUUCCUCCUACGAUUGGCAGAAACGAGUCCUUAGAGCCACCGGAGAAAGAAAUUAAACUGCUGGAGUGACUGACUCUAUGUCCUCUGUUGACUUUCCAGGGAUCUUAAAUCAAUGCUGCCCAUCAGUGUCACACAUUGACAGCUGUGAAUGGUGCUAUUUCCUUGUUAAAAAAAAUCAAGCAGCCCUGUGAUUCCUCUCUAAUUAAUGUAUUUUUUUUAAUUCAGAAGCUGUAAAUAAUAAGCAUUAUUGUAAGUUCCCACCCUGCCGAAUACUGUAGUAGAGAGAUACAAACAGGAAAACAUGGGCACAGAAAUAGCAAAGACACAUCACAGACCACUGAUAGGCGAUCGCUUCUCAUUCAUGCAGUCUCCUGCUGCUUGGCAGCCUGAAUAAGACAAACUUCUCCACCAAGAAAGAUGUGUGUUGUUAAUUUCACAGUCACAGGUGCAUAAGUCCACUUUUGAGAGUCUUAAAAUGAAAUUGUAUGCAAGUCCAUGAAAAAUGACAAUGGGGUAACUAAUGGUAAAUAAGGGUCAAAUGGGCCAUUUUGCAGAAAAUUCUUUCAGUGUUGUUUUAAUUUUCAUAUUUUUUUCUGCUACUAUCCUCAAAUACAAAAUUAGAAAAUACAUUUCCAUGUAUUCCUAGGUGUACAUAUAACCAACAUGGAAAGGCAUAGGGAAUACAAAAAGGAAGAUAUGUUUUAAAUUUAAAUUUACUUUCUAAAUUUAAAUGAGCAUUAAAAAAUGGCAUUCUUGUGCUGUAGAUUGAAUCCUUUGCUUUUCCGUUGUGUAUGUACUGUAGGGUUAUUACACACAUAGACCACAGCUGUUCCAGAAGUAAAUGGACAUUUAAAAAUGCUUGUCAAUGAUACCUUCUAACAAAGUAGGACUAGCUUUACUUAUGCACUGUAUAUCGCUUAGUGAAGCUUUUGAAAUCACCUCCCUUGGUGACAUCAGAGGGAAACUGGAGAGAAAAUAUCAGAAUUAACCCAUAUUCAGAGACAAAGAUGCUUCAUAAUCCAGGUGUAUAAGGAAGUCUUGCUAAAGUUAAAUAAGAACACGUUCAUUCAGUUACAUCAAAUUUAACGUAAUUGGUACUACUUUCAGUUUGAGGAUGAUAUGUCAAAUUAACAAAACAUUUAGUGGUUAGUUAAAAAAUUAACAACGGAAAUUAAUUUAUCAUAUUGAACAUGCCUUAGGGAUGCAGACACUUGAGGCGGUGGUCUUGGUCAGGUUGUCCUCCCUGGGUGAAAUUCUGAUUGUUGUUCUACCUGUUCCUGUGUGGGUGCCGUGCUGUGCUGUGCCGUACCAUGCUAAAACAGCUAUCCUGUGUUCCGUGACUCUACAGCAACUUCUGUUGGCUUCAGCAAGCACCGCAAAAGUUGUACUGUUUUUCUGCGGCCCUCAGAUUGUCAGGCAGGACCACGUCAGUGGGUGUUUCUAAAGGGGUUGAUUGCAAGCUUGUUUUCCAUUUAAUGAUAUCCAUACUGACUGGGGUGAGUCUUUCCAGAUUUAUUCUUUAGUUUGCCAUGCACGUCUUUCAGACCAAAAUAUCGAGGACCCGUGGCCUUAUCUACCUUUUGUGAGUGGAACCUGUGACUCUUCUGCUCAAAGUUCUGCUAAGGUUGUAGUGACUGAUUCCCUGGAAAACUGGUGUAGGAAGUACAAGCUAAAAACUCUGGGCCUUGUUUAUAGUUUUCUGCAGAUUUUGUUUUAAAUUGAUGCAAAAUCCCCAGGAGACACAUAUCAUUGAUGACUACGGCCAUUAUUAUGAUGCACUACAUUCAAAACUGUAGUAAGAGAUAUUCAUUGAUACAUUCCUGAUGUGUCUUUGUGCAUUGGGAGCUCACCUUUCCAGGCAUAUUUUUCUCACAUAAAAAAAUUUAAAAAAUGAGUUUUAAAAUUGGGAGCAAACUAAUGCAUUCUCAUCUAAUCAAAUCCAUACAUACUUGUGCAUUUUUCUUUAAAUUUUUACUUAUAUAUAAAUAAGGUCCCUGGUGCUUUUCUAUCCGUAAGGUGAUCGAUAUCAUAGCGGGUGGCAACAUUUGCGUGUGUUGAUUUGAGCUUUUGUGUUAGCUGUUAGGUUUUGGUAAAACUCUAAAUUUUGACCCUUCAGGAACAUAAGACGGAUUGACUGUAAGGCCAUCACAUUAUUUACGUAUGAGGGCAGUUAUGCUUUAAAAAGUGUUAUCUGCCAGGCCUGAUGUAAAAAUUGUUGCCUUCUGUGAAAGGCCUUAAAAUAUCGUUGUUUUUUUUUUGGUUUUUUUUGCUUUUGCUUGGGAAACUAGCAGGGCAGAGGGAAAGUGCUUAUAGCUAAUUCUUCACUCCGAGGCCAAGACAGGUUGCUGCGCAGUCACACAAUCACGCAAGUUGUUUUGGAUUUAUUUUCACUUUAUUAUUUUUAUUUUUUAUUUUUUUGGUAAUGAGGGUUAACUAAUGUAACAGGAAAAUUCGAUGGCGUUGUUGUUGUGAAUGCAUGUCACCGUGGGUGUUAGCAAAGCCUUUUACUGGUCGAAAAAUGUUUUCCGUGCAAUUUAUAAAUUAUAUAUAUUCUUCUCCCUCUAAGAGACAAACCCUUUUCCCUCUAAACAGUCCUUUGUAAGACUUUUUUUAAUUAUUAUUUUGUACAGGAUAUAAAAAUUGUAAACAAUGUACAUAUUUAAUGUGUCCACAGCAACAACUGUUGGAGAAAAAAAAAUAAAUACCUACAUGAAGAUUACACUCUGUUCUUGAAUGUUGAGGAAGCCUGUAUACAAAUGGGUUGCAUUGAGGCAUGUUUUUAAAAUUACAAAUCCAUCUGUCUAACAUUGCUCAUUUGUCUCAAUAAAGCCAUGACAUAGAGUCAA